GACCCACCACACCGGACAACUCCAAGAGAAGAGCCUCCCGCGGCAUACCCAGGGGCCCGAGUCGGAGCUAAGAGGCACCAGUAGCCACCCACACAGAAAACAGACACCAUGUGCGACGAAGAUGAGACCACCGCCCUCGUGUGCGACAAUGGCUCUGGUCUGGUGAAAGCCGGCUUUGCCGGAGACGAUGCCCCCAGGGCAGUGUUUCCCUCAAUUGUAGGCCGCCCCCGUCAUCAGGGCGUCAUGGUGGGUAUGGGUCAAAAAGAUUCCUACGUAGGCGAUGAGGCUCAGAGCAAAAGAGGUAUCCUGACCCUGAAGUAUCCCAUCGAGCACGGUAUCAUCACCAACUGGGAUGACAUGGAAAAGAUUUGGCAUCACACCUUCUACAAUGAGCUCCGAGUGGCCCCCGAGGAGCACCCCACUCUGCUCACCGAGGCCCCCCUCAACCCCAAGGCUAACCGCGAGAAGAUGACCCAGAUCAUGUUUGAGACCUUCAACGUCCCCGCCAUGUAUGUGGCCAUCCAGGCUGUGCUGUCCCUCUACGCCUCCGGCCGUACCACCGGUAUCGUGCUGGACUCUGGCGAUGGUGUCACACACAACGUACCCAUCUAUGAAGGUUAUGCGCUGCCCCACGCCAUCAUGCGUUUGGAUUUGGCCGGUCGGGAUCUCACUGACUACUUGAUGAAGAUCCUCACUGAGCGUGGCUACUCCUUCGUGACCACUGCUGAACGUGAGAUCGUGAGAGACAUCAAGGAGAAGCUGUGCUACGUGGCCCUGGACUUCGAGAAUGAGAUGGCCACUGCUGCUUCCUCCUCCUCCUUGGAAAAAAGCUACGAGCUGCCCGAUGGUCAGGUCAUCACUAUUGGCAAUGAGCGUUUCCGUUGCCCGGAAACCCUCUUCCAGCCUUCCUUUAUUGGUAUGGAAUCUGCUGGUAUCCAUGAGACCACUUACAACAGUAUCAUGAAGUGUGAUAUUGAUAUCAGGAAGGACCUGUAUGCCAACAAUGUCAUGUCUGGUGGUACCACCAUGUACCCUGGUAUUGCUGACCGUAUGCAGAAAGAAAUCACAGCCCUAGCCCCCAGCACAAUGAAGAUCAAGAUCAUUGCCCCUCCUGAGAGGAAAUACUCUGUCUGGAUCGGUGGUUCCAUCCUGGCCUCCCUGUCCACCUUCCAACAGAUGUGGAUCACCAAACAGGAGUAUGAUGAAGCUGGACCCUCCAUUGUCCACCGCAAAUGCUUCUAAACAUGUUUACAAGAUCAGUGUACUCACUAUUCUCAGGAUGACAGAUGUUGUUGAGUUGCAGGUGGUUGAGCUCUUGCAACAGUCAAAUAACUAUGGCAUUAACAUUUCUAUUAUUGUUGCUGCAAACCCCCUAUUGAUACAACAUUUGUAAAGUGUACAUAAAUUAAUUUAUUUUAUCUUGUCUUGUCAUUUUUAAAACAAAACCCUGCUGAAAUGGAAAACUUCAAGAAGCAUUAAAUUCAGUCAUUCUGUCAAGUCCCAUAAA